AUGUCUCGGAGAUAUGACUCCCGGACCACGAUCUUCUCCCCGGAAGGCCGCCUGUACCAGGUGGAGUACGCCAUGGAGGCCAUCGGCCAUGCCGGCACCUGCCUGGGGAUCCUGGCCAACGACGGCGUUCUGCUGGCCGCUGAGCGGCGCAACAUCCACAAGCUGCUGGAUGAGGUCUUCUUCUCCGAGAAGAUCUACAAGCUCAACGAGGACAUGGCGUGCAGCGUGGCGGGCAUCACCUCCGACGCCAACGUGCUGACCAACGAGCUGAGGCUCAUCGCACAAAGGUACUUGCUGCAGUACCAGGAGCCCAUCCCCUGCGAGCAGCUGGUGACGGCGCUGUGUGACAUCAAGCAGGCCUACACGCAGUUCGGAGGGAAGCGACCCUUCGGGGUGUCGCUGCUGUACAUCGGCUGGGACAAGCACUACGGCUUCCAGCUCUACCAGAGCGACCCGAGCGGCAACUACGGCGGCUGGAAGGCCACCUGCAUCGGCAACAACAGCGCCGCGGCGGUGUCCAUGCUGAAGCAGGACUACAAGGAAGGGGAGAUGACCCUCAAGUCGGCGCUCGCCUUAGCCAUCAAAGUGCUCAACAAGACCAUGGACGUGAGCAAGCUCUCCGCCGAGAAAGUGGAGAUCGCCACGCUGACCAGAGAGAACGGGAAGACGCUCAUCAGGGUCCUCAAGCAGAAGGAGGUGGAGCAGCUGAUCAAGAAGCACGAGGAGGAGGAGGCCAAGGCCGAACGGGAGAAGAAGGAGAAAGAGCAGAAGGAGAAGGACAAGUAG